CUGACGUUUCAAACGGCCUCGCCUAAUCCGGAACACGACCCACAUUCCGCUGGUCCUGCCUUGACAGGCAUGAUCGUAAUCCAAUAAGAAUGAAAGGCUGAAUCCUACAGAGCCAAUGGCCAAAGUCCGAGGGGCGGUGGAGGCGGACUCUGUGAGGAAACAAGAAGACAGGCCCAAGAUGGAGGCGCUGGAGGCUGUAGCGGUGUGACAGAAGCCCCAUGGCACCUGGCCAGCCCCACCUCAGCCCAUCUUGACAGUCUUAGGCUCCAUGGAGCCACCACGGGGCCCCCCUGCUAAUGAGGCCGAGCCAUCCCGGGCAGUGGGCACUGUCAAAGUGUACCUGCCCAACAAGCAGCGCACAGUGGUGACUGUCCGGGAUGGCAUGAGUGUCUACGACUCUCUAGACAAGGCCCUCAAGGUGCGGGGUCUCAAUCAAGACUGCUGUGUGGUCUACAGACUCAUCAAGGGGAGAAAAACAGUCACUGCCUGGGACACAGCCAUUGCCCCCCUGGAUGGAGAGGAGCUCAUUGUGGAAGUCCUGGAAGAUGUGCCCCUGACCAUGCACAAUUUUGUACGGAAGACGUUCUUCAGCCUGGCCUUCUGUGACUUCUGCCUUAAGUUUCUGUUCCAUGGUUUCCGAUGCCAAACCUGUGGCUACAAGUUCCACCAGCAUUGUUCCUCCAAGGUCCCCACAGUCUGCGUUGACAUGAGUACCAACCGCCAACAGUUCUACCACAGUGUCCAGGAUUUGUCCGGAGGCUCCAGACAGCAUGAAGCUCCCUCAAACCGCCCCCUGAAUGAGCCGUUAACCCCCCAGGGUCUCAGCCCCUGCACCCAGCACCGCGAGCAGGAGCGCUUCCCGUUCCCUGCCCCGGCCAAUGCACCCCUGCAGCGCAUCCGUUCCACGUCCACUCCCAAUGUCCACAUGGUCAGCACCACGGCCCCCAUGGACUCCAACCUCAUGCAGCUCACUGCCCAGAGUUUCGGCACCGAUGCUGCUGGUGGUAGAGGUAGUAGCGAUGGAGGCCCCCGGGGGAGCCCCAGCCCAGGCAGCGUGUCCUCGGGGAGGAAGUCACCACAUUCCAAGUCACCUUCAGAGCAGCGGGAGCGGAAGUCCUUGGCAGAGGAAAAGAAGAAAGUGAAGAACCUGGGGUACCGGGACUCGGGCUAUUACUGGGAGGUGCCACCCAGUGAGGUGCAGCUGCUGAAGAGGAUCGGGACAGGCUCAUUUGGCACCGUGUUUCGUGGGCGGUGGCAUGGCGACGUGGCCGUGAAGGUGCUCAAGGUGGCCCAACCCACCGCUGAGCAGGCCCAGGCCUUCAAGAAUGAGAUGCAGGUGCUCAGGAAGACCCGACACGUCAACAUCUUGCUGUUCAUGGGCUUCAUGACCCGGCCAGGAUUUGCCAUCAUCACACAGUGGUGUGAGGGCUCCAGCCUCUACCACCACCUGCACGUGGCUGACACACGCUUCGACAUGGUGCAGCUCAUUGAUGUGGCCAGGCAGACUGCCCAGGGCAUGGACUACCUCCAUGCCAAGAACAUCAUUCACCGAGACCUCAAGUCUAACAACAUCUUCCUACAUGAGGGCCUCACAGUGAAGAUCGGUGACUUCGGCCUGGCCACAGUAAAAACGCGAUGGAGUGGGGCCCAGCCCUUGGAACAGCCCUCAGGCUCUGUGCUUUGGAUGGCAGCUGAGGUGAUUCGUAUGCAGGACCCGAACCCCUACAGCUUCCAAUCGGACGUCUAUGCCUAUGGGGUUGUGCUCUAUGAGCUCAUGACCGGCUCACUGCCUUACAGCCACAUUGGUAGCCGUGACCAGAUCAUCUUUAUGGUGGGCCGUGGCUAUCUAUCUCCGGACCUCAGCAAAAUCUCCAGCAACUGCCCUAAGGCCAUGAGGCGCCUGCUGUCUGACUGCCUCAAGUUCCAGCGGGAAGAACGGCCCCUCUUCCCCCAGAUCCUAGCCACGAUUGAGCUGCUUCAGCGGUCACUCCCCAAGAUUGAACGCAGUGCCUCCGAGCCCUCCUUGCACCGUACCCAGGCUGAUGAGUUGCCUGCCUGCCUUCUCAGCGUAGCCCGUCCUUUGCCUUAGGCCACACCUCCAGCCACCAGAGAGCCGACCUCAGCUGCUGGCCAAGGAGCCCUGCCCACCAGCCAAUCAAUGUUUGUCUCUGUCUCCAUACUGCCUCAGGAUCCCCCAUCCCCCUCAGAGAUGUGGGAUCCCUAAGUGCUCUUCCACUUUCUCUGGCAUCAGGGAACCCCCCCACCAAAAGACUUGAGACCCCUGCCUCCUCCAUAGUUUGGUUUCUCUUUGGCUUUGGGGAUACUUCUAAAUUUGGGGAGCUCCUCUUAUCUGCAAUGGCUGGGGUUUGUGGCAGGGAUUCUACUCAAAACCUCUUCAGAAUUUGUGCCUGAUGUGCCUUCACUGGAUUUUGGGGUCCCCAGCACCCCAUGUGGAUUUGAGGGUCCCUUGUGCCUCCCUUGCCAUUCAAGGACUCCACUCUUUUCACCAAGAAGCACAGAAUCCUGCUGGGCCUUUGCUUGUUUAUUUUGUUUUCCGACUCUUGGGGUUCAGAGCCGUUGAGGGGUGGGGUGAAUCCAGGCAAGGAGUGGGGGUUGGAGGAAAGUGCGGACCACACAGACAGCAUCACUGCACACAUCACCACAGGCAGCACGGUGAGCGAGGACCACAUAUGCCAAGCACGGCACAAGAGGAGGCCACAUCAAUCACAGACACAGACGUUACAGCAGAGGUGGGGAAGUGGAAGACCACUGGACUUCCUUGUGCAAAGGAUUCUGGGAGGAUGGGUGGAGUUUGCAUAUUUAAAGACAGCUGUUGGAGGCAGGAAACUGGCGAGGGGGUCCCUGGGAGAACUGAGGGGUCCUAGAAGCAGAAGGAACUCCCGAUAUGUUGAAUGGGGUUAGGGGAAAUGGAUAAAGGGAAAUCUUUGUGGGGCUGGGUGGGAGGUGGCAUUUAAAGAUGUGGAUCUCUAGAGAGAUGGGAGAUCAUGUAAAGAGACUCAAAGGCAGGGGUUUCUUGACGAAUUGGAAAGUGCUGAUGAGGAACAAAGUGCUAGAUUCAGGACUAGGAAUAGGAUUUUCCAGGACUUUCUGGGUUGGGAGGGGGGAUUCUGUAGUGUUACGGCCAGAAACAGAGUGCUUGAUAUUUGGGAGUGUCCAGGUAGUGGA